UUUACGGAUUGUGAACUUGCAAAUUGCCUCUUACGGGCAUCAAACAAUCUACUUCACAAUUUCGAUCAUUUUCUCAUAUGGAUGGGCCCCACCCAAUUCGCCAGAUAUAAAUAUAGGGGGAUGAGCCAGAAAGAAUCAUAGUCGCUUCUGAUUCACUUCUACAACAUCACGUGAGGCUAGCCGCAAAAAGACUGAAAUGUUCGGGAUUUUCGUUAUCUUGGUUUGUGCCAUCUCCGCCUCCACGGCAGGCUUGGCCAAGGCCUCCAUCACCGUAGUUCCCGAGCAACAGGUCCAGGCGUCCCACGCCGACUACGACGUUGCCGGCUACGAGGGCGGCUACGAGGACGCAGGCGCUGGCGGUCAGAAGGGCGGCAAUGGCGCCGAGCUGACCAGCCUGGCGCACAGCUCGGCCGUCCAGGCGAAGAACGCGGUCAGGAGCCAGCAUACGGCGGGCAGUCAGGCUGCAUUUGGAGUCAAGAGCAGCCUGGCCAGCGCUGCUUUCGGGGCCGCCCAGACCGCCCAAGCUGCCCUCGUCGGCAAACAAGCCAUCGUCCAGAACCUCAAGAGGCAAGCCAUCGACGCCCAGCAGCAGCUGCAAGGCGAGAUUUCCCAGUACCACCAGCUGGAAGCAGUCGCCCAAGCCAGCCAACAGGUCUCCCAAGACGCCCAAAACCAGCUGCACACCCUCACAGCUGCCCUAACAGCCGCCCAGGGCGGGGCCGCCCAUGCCGAGCAGGCUGCAGCUGAGGCGGCCAACGCAGCUGCCGCGCAGCAUGAGAUGGUAGUCGAAGCUAAGCAGCGUAUCGCGCAAGUGCUGAACCAGCUGCAGCACGCGCUCGACGACCUGCAGCAGACCGAAGCUUCGGCGGCGAAGGCGGCCGAAGCUGCUCACGUCGCGCAGUCGAACGCUGCUGCUGCCGGGCUCGCCGUGGCAGCUGCCAGCGCUAAGAGCGGGCACGACGGUUACGAUAAGUCUAUCAACUCUUCACAUUUCUUACGCGCAGUAAACAAAAAUGAAAUCAUAAAUGUAAUAUCGACAUUGGCGCCUGGUCCUGACAGCAUCACUGUAAAAAUUAUAAAGAGAUUCCACACUUGCUUCAUUGGACCCUUGGUCCAUAUUAUUAAUUUGAGUUUCAAAGAUGGAGUAAUACCUAGUCAAUGGAAACAAGCUGUAGCUACCCCAAUUUUCAAAGCGGGCAAGAAAGACUUACCAUAUAAUUAUUUGCCAAUUUCUGUAAUAAAUAACUUUGCCAAGAUAUUCGAAAAAUGUCGGAAUUACGGAAUUCCUCGAUGA